GUUUCAUUUUGCCAGUAUCUGGUGGACGCUUGAUCAAUUUGUGGAAGUGUACUUUGGCGCAACACAAUGUUUUGGAACACUUUGUGGAUAUUCUGUAUGUUUCUUGUUGCUGCGUACCAAGGCCUCAUGAGAGACUGCACAGCAACAAACAUAACUACGAAGACAGUUCCAGCGGCUGUCAGUCCACCAAUCAACGCUGGAAAAAGCUGUCCGGUCAACUGUUUGAGAGGAACCUGUACAUUUCUUGAUGAUGGAAAUAUUGACUGCACAGAUGGGUGUAACGAUGGGUACAUGGGGAAAAUGUGUGACUUCCCGUGCAUGAACAAAUGCUCAAAAUGUGAUCGAAAGAAUGCACGCGUCUGUAUCAAAACUGCACGUCUCCGUGUGAUAGGGACACGGGUCGAUGUUUACAUGGAUGUAAGCCUGGUUUCUGGGGAGAGCUAUGUGCAGAUCCAUGUAGCCCAAGAUGUCUAG